UGAAUUAUAGGCCGCUCAGCUCUCCAGCCAUCCCUGUUAAUUUUGUUGAACACCUUUACCAUUUUACCACUCUCAUUGUCACUUAAACUAAUGUUACACUGAGGGGCUGCUAACUACCGGAUUACAGCACAGCAGUACUCGUGGAUAAAUGCAUCCCAGGCAGAAACAGGAACACAGAGGUACUAUCAAAAAACACAUUGCAGCAGACAAUGCAUGAUGUAAAACCCCAAAGAUCUGACUUGGGGACACUGAGAUUAAUCAGAUGAAGACAGCAUGCCAACAGAGCCGAGCCUGCCUGGUGCAGACGGGGUCAGCAGUAACUGUGCAAUCUGUGGAGACAAAGCCACAGGGAAACAUUAUGGAGCCUCCAGCUGUGACGGCUGUAAAGGCUUCUUCAGACGCUCCAUACGCAAGAACCACGUCUACACUUGCAGGUUCAGCAGGCAGUGCAUUGUGGAUAAAGAUAAGAGGAACCAAUGUCGUUUCUGCAGACUCAACAAAUGCUUCAGAGCUGGCAUGAAAAAAGAAGCUGUGCAGAAUGAGAGAGAUCGGAUCAGCUCCCGAAGAAGUAUCCCUGACUCCCAAGACCUACCACCAAUUACUAUUCUGGCCCAAGCAGAAUCACUGUCACAACAGAUCACAGCUCCAAUUGUAACAGCAAACAUAUCAGAGCAGAAGUCGGCUACUGUUGGGGAUGUAUGUGAUUCCAUGAGACAGCAGUUAUUGGUGUUGGUGGAAUGGGCCAAGUAUAUUCCUACAUUUGGAGAACUGCCACUGGAUGACCAGGUGAGCUUGCUCAGGGCUCAUGCAGGUGAACAUCUCUCGCUUGGGGUCGCUAAAAGGUCAAUGCCAUUCAAGGACUUCCUGGUUUUAGGUAAUGGCUGUGUGAUACACAGAAACAGUCCUGAACCAGAAAUAUGUAGGGUAGCCAACCGAGUGCUGGAUGAGCUGGUCCAGCCCUUUCAGAAUAUUCAAAUAGAUGACAAUGAGUAUGCAGCGCUUAAGGCUAUUGUCUUCUUUGACCCAGAUGCAAAGUCUUUGCGGGACCCUUCGAAGAUCAAGGCCAUGCGACUGCAGGUUCAGAUGAGUCUGGAAGACUACAUUAAUGAUCGUCAGUACGACUCCAGGGGUCGUUUUGGAGAGUUGCUACUCCUGUUGCCCACCCUGCAGAGCAUCACCUGGCAGAUGAUCGAACAGCUCCAGUUCAUUAAGCUCUGUGGCCUGGCAAAGAUAGACAACCUGCUGCAUGAAAUGCUGCUGGGAGGCCUAAUAUCAGAACCCACACACCUGCACCAACCAGCACACACCCAGCUUGCCCAGGAUCCUAUCACUGGACACACACUGGUCAUUGGCACUAUGCCUGUCACUAACACUCCACUGAUAGCCUCUCCAGACACUCCCAUCCCAUCGCCCCCACAGGGUCCUGCCCCAGAGAUGUAUAAACACUUUCCCCAGCCUCUUUGUUCUCCAGCCAGCCCCUCGCCUUCCUCACAGACAGACCUCUGACAUCUCCUAGCACUCUCUCAAAGCAGCUGACAUGGGAUCAGCUUCCUUGCCCUCUAUUCAUCAACUCAGUCAUGGUAUAAAACUUACGAAAGCAGUCUCUGCUCAGUGUCUGAGGUUAGACUUCACCCCGCUUCUUCUCCCUGUGACUCCUGGUGGUGAUGCAACAAUAACUAAGAUAUGAUUAAAGCUGCCAUGUACAGCACUUCCAAACUUCAGUAUGUCAGUUUCAAAUUAAAUGACACUACAGUAGGGUUUAAGAAACAAACAAUGCACAUGCAUUUUUGUGGUCACUAUGAACUAAUAUAUUGGUUUUCAACUCAGUAUUAAAAUUAAAAAUAAAGAUAUUGAAAAAGUGUAUAGCAUCUCAGACCUUUGAUUUGUUUGAAUUUUAGGUGUUAUUGAAUAAUGUCUUGCUUGAUUGGACACAGAUGUGCAGAAAAUGCCCUCAGUCUUUUUGGUUCUUCAAGUAUCACUUGUGCUUAUUAAAUGGUUAAUUCUGAUAAUGUGUAAAUGUACAUGCAUCUAAUCAUAAUUUCCAUAGGAAACAGCAAUGGGAAAACUCAUGGCUUACUGUCAAACAAAUUAAAGCUGAUCAUCAAAGAAAAUUUAAUACUUUUUAUUUUUUCAUAAAACUCAUUAUGGAUUGUACCCAUGAAGUAACUAUUUUUGCACAUUUUUGUGGGCAAAAAAAUUAAUUCAAUGGUUUGUAUUUAAUACUGAGCCAUGAAUACAUAUAAUUUAUUCCGUGGCACAUACAUAUUCUUAACAUACAUGUGUUCAGCAGCUAAAACAUAUUAUAAGGGGUAUAGUAGUUUGUGGCCAAGGUUAACAUUAUAAUAAUAGAAAUGUCAUUUAUAAAUAACUUAAAAGGGCUCAUAUUAAAUGCAAAAAGGAAUGUGGAUAAAUAAUAAUAUUUUAAUAACUUGUUUAUAUAGUAAAAUGGAUUUUGUGUAUUUGGUAUUUGGAUAAUCAAUUUCAACUGUUUUGCUUUAUUCAAUUUCUUGAAUUAUCUUUGUAUCUUUUAUUUUGG